UCAAAGCUGAUCCUGCUUUGAUCGAUGGAAUGGAUUAUAAAGUCAUCAAGAACGAAUGGCCUUAUGCUAUAGAUCAUGGUUAUCAACAUAUGAUCGUUUGGAGUAGAUUGAAACUUUUGAAUCCAGGAUUAUCUAAAUCACCUACACAAUGGCAUCUUGCACUUGAACAAGGUUUAUCAGGUUUUGUCAAUCUAUCUGAAGGAAUGAAACGAAGACUUCAUAGCUUUAAUCUUUUAAACAAGUUAAAAUCUUCGGAUUCUGAUGAUAAUCUUGAUCAUCAUUCAAAUCCAUUGGCCAUUGAAAUGAUCAAGUUUAUUAAGAAUCGUUGGUUUGGUUAUGAAGAUUUAAUGUGGUUUUUAAAUCCAGUUCAACUUCAAUCUUGUCCUGAUUUACCACAUUUCCAUGUCUUUGUUAAAACUCAAGGUUGGUCAGAAUGGUAAAUUGGAUUACUUUAGAAAAACAACUCAUUCAAAUCUUUUGUUAUUUAUCCUUUCAAGGAGAGGAAUGUUGAACCUUUUUUUUUACUAAGAACACGUCAUGAUUCUUGUAUUUUAUUUGUAAGACUAUUUCAUCUAUUUGGUUCAUGUAUAAUUAUUUGUUCAGAUAGAUUAUGACCCUUUCAUAAACGAUAAAUAAUCAAGAGAUUAGCUUAGACAGUUAAACUUGGUACAGCUAAUUAUAUCUCCUCGUGGUACUUCUCCCUUCUUCGACUUUCUCAUAUUCCAAUUCAUUGUAUUUCUUUGGUUGUUAAUAUAAUUACAAAAUGAUUUUG